AUGGCAUCCAAAGUGAACGGCAAUGCUCCAGAGAGUUUUGGAAACUUUGACUUGGUGAAGCGUCUGAAGCUCGACUUCACUGACGUCCAAGUAUCUAAGUGGAAGAGCAGAGAGACUGGGCUCUCCAUCGUCCACCUUGACUAUGAGGCACCCAUCGUGAACGGUUACUUUGUCAUUGCCACCGAAAUCUUCGAUGAUACUGGGUGUCCGCAUACUCUGGAGCAUUUAGUGUUUAUGGGUUCGGAGAAAUACCCUUACAAGGGGAUCAUCGAUCAUCUUGCGAAUCGCGGUUAUUCGAACGGCACGAACGCAUGGACUGAUACGGACCACACCGCAUACACAGUGUCGACUGCAGGAGAACAGGGGUUUCUACAGAUAUUACCGGUCUAUGUGGACCACAUUCUGUACCCAACUCUGACGAAGGCUGGCUUCGUGACCGAGGUUCACCAUAUUGAUGGCAAGGGCGAGGACUCGGGUGUGGUCUACAGCGAGAUGCAGGGCCGGGAGAACACGUCACAAGACCUCAUGGCGCUUCAGCUACAGCGCUUGCUGAACCCGCCAGGUAGUGCAUACAGCAGCGAAACCGGCGGUCUCAUGAAGGCACUACGAGAUUUAACGGUGGAACAGAUCCGGGACUAUCACCACAAGUACUACGUCCCACACAACCUAUCCCUCAUUGUCAGCGGCAAGCUCGCUUCCGGUACACAGUCCCUCCUCAAAGUGGUCCAAGAGAAAGUCGAACCCAGUAUUAUUGAGCACGGUCAGAAACACGGGUUCAGACCUGCAGAGUGGAAGCGUCCUUUCGUCGAGACACCGAGUGCGAACCGUGGACCUAUUAAAGAGACGAAGCAGAUGACUGUCGAGUUUCCCGAGAAGGACGAGAGCGUGGGUGAGGUGUAUAUGGGAUUCAUGGGUCCACCCCCGAAUGCGUUCCUGGAGAGGAAGGCGCUUGACAUCCUAGCAACUUACCUUACGUCCUCGGCUGUGGCACCCCUCAAUAAAGAGUACGUUGAGGUGGAGUCACCGCUAUGCACAUACAUCUAUCUCGGUGAAGAUUCUAGGGCGACUCUGUGUGACCUGCCUGUAUACAUCGGUUCUGUGCCUACUGAGCACCUGGACUCGUUCCCCGAGAAGUUGAAGGCCAGUUUGAUUCGGAUCGCUGACGAGGGGAUCGACAUGGACCGGAUGGGAAUGGUCAUCAAUCGUGAUGAGCGUCAGCUCCGUAGCAAACUGGAGUCCGCGAAAGGAGAGACGUUCUCUGGCAACGUCAUCGGUGAUUUCCUCUACGGCGCAGAAGAUGGCUCUGACCUCAAGGCCUCUAUGGACGACAUCGUAUACUACGCCGAGCUAAGGACAUGGAGCAGCAAGCAAUGGACAGACUUGUUGCGACAAUACUACAUCACUCCCGCUCGCGCCAUCGUGCGAGGAAAGCCAUCAAGUGCGAUGGUCGACAAGCUGAAGGAGGACGAGCAGGCCCGUAUCGCUGCCCAGAAGGAGCGACUGGGUCCCGAGGGUCUCGCCAAAGCAACACAGGAGCUUGAAGAGGCGAAGAAGGAACACGACACGCCAAUCCCUCAAGAGAUUUUGACAUCAUUCCCCGUCCCCGACAUCAAGACGAUCUCCUUCAUCGCGGUGCAGAGUCUGCAGGAGGUCGGCAGUGGAAAGGGUCGCAAGCGUACAGUAGAGCAAACCGGUAAUGCUGAGCUUACCCGGCAUGUCGCGAGUGACGGUGCGGAGCUGCCGUUCUUCGUGCAGUAUGAUCACGUCCAGUCUGACUUCGUCACUGUCAACGCCUACUUCUCAACGGCCAAACUCCCAAACAGGCUCCGUCCGCACAUGCAGACCUACCUGUCCGCUUUCUUCUCGCUGCCCAUCACGAGAAGCAACGGAGAGAAGCUCUCGCACGAGGAAGUGGUCACUAAGCUUGACAACGACACCGUGUCCUAUGAGGCGGCGUAUGGCGUCUCCAGUGCAUUCUCGGAGAACGUGCGUGUGUCUAUCAAGGUGGAAGUCGGAAUGUACGAAGCCGCCAUUGCCUGGCUCAAAGACCUGAUUUACGGGAGCGUAUUCGACAAGGAGCGACUACAGAUCACCAUCGCCAAGAUCCAGCAAAGCCUGCCAGAGAUGAAGCGGGAUGGCGACACCGUGCUUGGCUCAGUGUCGGCUGAGCUGCUCUUCGACGAGACAUCAAUGUCUCGGAUGACGAUGGCGCUCCCUCAAACUGAGUUCAUCCCCAAGCUCGCGGAGCAACUGCAACAGUCCCCAGAGGAGGUUGUGAAGGACUUCGAGGAGAUCAGGCGACAUCUCACGGAUUCGUCCUGCGUACGGUUCUCGGUAGCAGGUGAUGUAUUGUCCAUCAAACAGCCCCGGGAACCAUGGGCGAAGUACUUCCAGCCUUUGCUGCAACCAAGCGAUCUUCUUCCGGUUACGCUGUCCAAAGACACACUCAGCACAGUUGGUAAGAACCCAGUCAAGAAGGCUGUGGUUGUCAGCCUCCCUACCAUCGAGAGCUCCUACACAUCCCAUGUCACGAAAGGCAUCCAAGGGUUCACGCAUGAUGAACGCCCCGCGUUCGUUGUAGCUGCUGAGGUGCUGAAUGCAACUGAGAGCUACCUCUGGCGCUAUAUUCGUGGCUCGGGGCUGGCAUACGGCGCGACCGUCUACAUAGAUCUUGAAGGCGGUUUCCUGAGCUUCUCACUGUACAGGACUUCGCAAUACAUGAAGGCUUAUGAGCAAGCAAAAUCCGUGAUUCAGGGCCUCGUGGAUGGUUCGAUACCACUUGAAGAGACAACCUUAGACGCGGCGAAGAGUAGCAUUGUCUUCGGUGUGGCGAGGGGCGUCUCGACACCAGGUCGUGCGGCCGUCGCUUCUUUCUUGAACCAAGCGUUCCGGGGCGUGCCUCAGAAUUACAACAUCGAUCUCCUCGAGCGUUACCGUUCUGUCACAAAAGCGGACGUGCUUGCCGUGUUGCGCAAGUACUUCCUCGCCCUCUUCGACCCUUCGUCAUCCGUCGCAGUCGUUGUCACCGCGCCAGGAAAGAUCGCUGAGACUACAGAAGGCCUUACGAAGUUAGGCUUCGAGGUGGAACAGCGGUCAUUGGAGGUGGAUGCGGACGCAGACGGGUCUGAGAGUGGUAGCGAGGGCAGCGAUUCCGACAUGAGUGGCUCGGAGAGCGGCAGUGAUAGGUAG